UUCUCGCGUCGUGCGGCGACGACUCACCGAGCACAGUCCAGUCUGCAGACUUAAGUGGAAAAAGCAGGAAUCAGCAGAGAUGUGGUGGCUGCUGUGGGUGCUCGCUGCCUUGCUGGUUCUCUUCUGCAGUCUGGACGUGUGGUACUUCCUACAUGUCGCGGCUGUGAUCGUCCGUGCCUGGUUCCAGCCUCCAAUCUGGGACGUCACGGCAGAGCAGGUCCUUCAGGGCCGCGUCACUCCCCGCGAUAUCGACAUGGGCCACAUGAACAAUGCCCGUUACCUGCGCCAGUGUGACUUUGCCAGAUAUUCUCUCUACAUACGCAACGGCGUGUGGAAGGCCUUGCGAGCCCUCGGAAGUUCGUUGGUGGUGGGGGCCACCACCAUGCGUUACAGGAGGGCUCUGUGUGUAGGAGAGGGGUACGAGCUCCGGAGUCGCAUCGUGACGUGGGACGACAAAGCCUUUUACCUGGAGCAGAGAUUUGUGUCGACAAAAGACGGGCUGGUGUGUGCCAUCAUGUACUGCAAGCAGAAUGUGAUCCGGAGCAGCCCGGACAAGAUUAUGCAGUACCUCUGUAAAAGGAAGGUGGAAUGUCCCGAGUUUCCAGAGGAUCUUCAACACUGGGUCAACUUCAUCUCUGCCAGCAGCCAGACCCUCAGAGCAGAGAGUGGACUUGACGAAAAGAAUAAAUAAGGCUUUGCACAUGCAGCUGUGUUAUUGUUAGCCAGGUUAUUCAGCAGCCCAGGAGUCAAAGUUGUCUAAGAAACUGUUUGACAUUCAAUCCACUUGAAAAACACUUUACUCUUUUGAUACUGAGCUUUCCUUCCAACCCAACACUGAAGCACUACAACAAACCAUGUUUUGAACUUUAUAAAUGCAUUGUAUGUCUUCACUAUGCAUUUGUGUGCAUAUGACCUCACACUCUUUCACUGGGUUUAAAAAGAAGUGAUUUUUUUGUGACACUAUUUUUAAUGCAAAAAUUGCACUAUAAUUUGGCUACAAAUCAGACAAAAGUGCAAUAAUGUUUUUGUUUGUUUUAAGGUAUUAUAAGAUGUACAGUAAUAAUAAAGUUGGUUUAAGUGUCUAA